GGUAGAUUACAAAAUAUUCAUAGUUCAGAGGAGCACCAUGAAGAGCCGCAAAGGCUACAGAGAAAAUCUGCAUGAACACCCCGAGGUCUUCCGAAGGUAUCCACUGGUGCCAGUACAUGGAAUCCCCCUGAUGGAACCCAUUGCUCAACAAUGGGCUCCUAUUGAAAAUUUUGAAGCACGGCCAGAUGACCUGCUCAUCUCCACCUACCCCAAAGCAGGUACCACCUGGAUGCAAGAGAUUGUUGAUCUGAUUCGUUCUGGUGGUGAUGUGGAAAAAGCACGUCGAGCGCCCACGUAUGUUCGGAUCCCAUUUCUAGAAAUCUGCUCCCCGCCUCCUGUCCCUUCGGGGGUUGAUACAUUGGUGGAUGUGCCGUCUCCUCGUGUUAUCAAAACACACCUCCCCUUCCAGCUUGUCCCUAAAAGCUUUUUUGAAAACAAUUGCAAAAUUAUCUAUGUUGCUCGCAACGCCAAGGAUAAUUUGGUCUCCUACUAUUUCUUCGAUCGGAUGAAUUUGACACAGCCAGACCCAGGGCCAUGGGACAGCUAUGUUAAGAAAUUCAUGGAGGGCAAAGUUGCAUGGGGCUCUUGGUAUGAUCAUGUUCGGCGCUACUGGGAUGAGAGAGCAAACCACCGCAUCCUGUAUGUUUUCUAUGAGGAUGUAAAAGAGGACCCAGCCCGUGAGAUCUGCCGAGUAAAGGAUUUCCUGGAGAUUGACUUGCCUGAGGACAUAGUGCAGAAGAUCACCCAUCACACCUCCUUCCAGGUCAUGAAGGAGAAUCCGAUGAGCAAUUACAGCACUUUUCCCGAAACCAUUUUUGACAAGAGGAUAGGCUCUUUUAUGAGGAAAGGUGAAGUUGGUGACUGGAAGAAUUAUUUUACAGUGGCUCAAAAUGAAGCGUUUGAUGCUGAUUACCAGCGUAAGAUGGAAGGAACAACUCUGCGCUUCCGCGAUGUAUUAUAGACGUAGAAAAUCGUCUUCCCUGGGAAUGUUCUGAUAACGGGCAAAUGUUUUCCUUGCACUACAGUUUUGCAAUAUUAAAUGUGGAUGCUAUUGAA